CUGUGAUCAUGGUGGUGCACGGACAGGAAGGAGGCUGGAAAGCAGCCGGGAGCCCCAGAUCUAUAUAGAUCUCCCGGAGGGCUCCACUGAGAUGGAUGAAUGGUGGUGAAGCCCAGCAGAUCUCAGUGGAGAUCAUCUAAGAGAAGCUGAGCUUAAUGGUCUCCAGGAUACCUUGAUUUGUCCUAGCCAGCCCUCUGCCUACUGCUGGAUUGGCCACUUUAUAACCACACUGUAUACUUUGGGGGAAGAUCUAGAAUCGAAUCUUGGAGCUCGCGUGGAUACAUUGUGUCUGUCCGCUGGUUUCCCCACACAGAAUAAGGAAGAGCUUGCAAACCCUGGGAGAUGGUGACAUAUGAAGUGUUUUGGAAGGACCAUGGUUGAGAGGACCAGCAAAUUUUUGCUGAUCUUGGCUGGUUCUGUGUUUUUCAUGCUGAUAUUGUACCAGUAUGUGGGGCCAGCUAUGAACUUUGGAUCUCCUAGUAGGUACUACCAAGAGGACCUAGACCUUUUUCCUACCCCAGAUCCUCACUAUGUCAAGAAGUAUUUUUUCCCCGUGAGGGAUCUUGAUAGGUCCCUCAGCUUUGACAUGAAAGGGGACGAUGUGAUCGUGUUUUUGCACAUCCAGAAGACCGGAGGAACAACUUUCGGGAGACACUUGGUUCAGAACGUGAGACUGGAGGUGCCCUGUGAUUGUAGACCUGGCCAGAAGAAGUGUACUUGCUACAGACCCAACAGGAAAGAGACUUGGUUAUUUUCUCGCUUCUCCACUGGUUGGAGCUGUGGACUACACGCCGACUGGACAGAACUAACCAACUGUGUGCCAGGGGUUCUGGACAAGAAGGAGACCUCUAUGAAGAUCAAAAGAAAAUUUUACUACAUUACAUUGCUGAGAGAUCCUGUCUCCCGAUACCUGAGUGAGUGGAGACAUGUUCAGAGAGGUGCAACUUGGAAGACAUCUCUUCACAUGUGUGAUGGAAGGACACCAACGCCUGAGGAGCUGCCAUCUUGUUACGAAGGCACAGACUGGUCUGGGUGCACCUUGCAGGAGUUUAUGGAGUGUCCUUAUAAUUUGGCCAACAAUCGUCAAGUCAGGAUGUUGGCGGACCUCAGCCUUGUGGGAUGCUACAAUAUGUCCUUUAUUCAAGAAAAAAAGCGUGCUCAGGUCCUUCUGGAAAGCGCUAAAAAGAACUUGAAAGAUAUGGCCUUUUUUGGCCUUACAGAAUUUCAGAGAAAGACUCAGUAUCUAUUUGAAAGGACUUUCCAUCUCAAAUUUAUCAGGCCCUUCAUGCAAUAUAAUAACACUAGGGCUGGUGGCGUUGACUUGGACAAUGGCACUAUCCAAAGGAUUGAGGAGUUAAAUGAUUUGGACAUGCAACUGUACGACUAUGCAAAGGAUCUCUUCCAACAGCGCUACCAGUUUAAAAGGCAAGUAGAGAGGAUGGAGCAACGGAAGAAAAACCGAGAGGAGAGACUUCUCCAUCGAGCUAAUGAGGCUUUUGCUAAGGAAGAUACAGAGGACCAAGUACGCUGGCCUACGGAAGACUAUAUGAGCCAUAUCAUAGAGAAGUGGUAGUUCAAAAUGGACUUUUAUACUACUGGGGAAACUGGGUUCACCUUUGUUAUUCUGUAUUGUAUAAAAUCAUUGAUGUUCUGAAUGAGAACAGUUUUUAUUUAAAGUUUUUAGCAGAGCUCAAAUGCUUCAUUCUCAUAUAGAAAUGAAAUAGCCUGUAUAAUGUAGGAGGGAAAGGGAAUACAUACAGUUAAGACAGUCAACGUAACCUGCAGCACUAUUAAUGGUCUGGUUUUCUUGCUUCUAGAGAUGAAAGGGGAUACACAGUAAUGACAGUGAUUUGUUUAAUAGUUUUAAACUGUUAUAGGGGAAAACUAGAUACUUUUUUAUUUUUUUAAGAAAUAAAUCUCAAUAGUCUUUAAAAAAAAAAAAAAAAAUGAAGACCUUGUAAGGAUAAAGUUGACUGGAUAAUAACCUUUGCAUUAUUAGAAUUAUCUUGUGUUGAGAGCGCAAAACUGGGCCAACGUUGUUCAGGUCAUGGGCUAUUCAAGCCAUGGAGCAUAGCUCCUUAUGACAGACAAGCCAUGACUCCAAUGAUCUAAGCAGGGCUCAAAAAUUCCACUGGUCCUCCAGCAGUUGGUGAGCAGAAAUUAUCCCUGGUAAGUGUGCCGUGGAUCCCUCCCUGACUUACAGUGGAAAGUAAUUGUCAGACCUGUUUACUAAAUUUAGGACUAAAAUUUUGAGCCACAUAUAGGAUUUACCAAACCCUUUGUCCUGAAAGGAUUAGUGCAAUUAACAAUAGUUGAUGACCAUCUACUAGAGGUCCUGUUCAAAGUCUUGAAGUCAAGAAGGUUUUGGGAAAGUCAGAGCUGGACAGCAAUCAUUUACUUUGACGAGAACAGUAUGAAUUAAGCAAGGGCAACUAAAACAAUGCCCUGAAAUGUCACUUGACAUAAUAAGGCAUAAUUAAAAAAAAAAAAAAAUCUAAUUAAAAUAAGCAGCUUUUCGGUGAUUUAGUAGGGACUAUCACAAGGAAGUCUUCUUCAUAAUAAGCCAAAAAGAAAAAUGAAUACCCACGUGUCCAAAUGGUUAACCAAUUGGUUUAUACAGUAAUCUGCCAAUAUAACUAGUAACUUUUUAAAAAAAAAAAUUACAAAUACUGGGCUAUCCUUAUCAUUGGAUUAAUAUACUGCCAUUGCUCUCCAGUAAUACUUAACCUUCCUCUUGUAAUAUUUUAUAUACCGGUAAAUGUCUUCCCUACAGACUAAAACACAUUUCCGAAUCUAUGUUCUGAUAAGGUUACGUAAAUGAACUAUCUCGUAACCAGUUGUGUAAAUAACACGAUCAUUGAAUAGUACUUCCAAUUGGCAAAUGGGAAAUAUGCCUUCCUAUUUGUUUUACAUUUUUAAAUUUAUAUUUACUUCACUGCUGCUACUACUGCUUAUGGAUCCAAACCUUUUUUAAGAUGUAUUAAUCAAGGCAAAAUGUCAAGUUUUUAACAGAAACAAGAUUGUGAUACAAAAACAACGCACAAAAUUGUAUCCUUGAUAAUCUGUUAAACAUAUCACUGUGGCUAGUAUAAGCGUGGCUGAGUUGACCCUGUAGAGCGAACUUUGAAGCAGUUUAGAAAUUGCAUUCACUCCCAAGACUAGCUCUGCUUAAGGGUGGAGUCCCACCUAGUGGCAUAGAAUGGAGACAAUGCAAUGAAAGCACUUACCUUCUCUGGGAUCUGUAUUUGUGUGUUUGCAUUUUACUGUACGCUACUCAAAACCCAAAUCUGAUGAACUUUUAUUCAGCAAGACACCAAACCAGUGAGCCCUACUGACACAUAAAGGCCUAUUUAAUGAAAGGCAAGCUAUUUAAUUUGUGAUUUUAAUUUUUUUCACUGUACUCAACAAGCAAUGUGAGAAGUUUGCUCAUUAUAAUAAAUCAAACCGAUGUAAUUUAUUUAAAUGAGCAUGUCUAAAUAUUUAAAUAUAUUGUAUUGACCUCCAUUUCCAGCAAACUUCAUCUCUCCAAAUGCUUAUUCGAUGUCUGUCCUGGAAGUAUGUCAAGAUGUUAGCAUAUUUCUUGCUAUGCUUCAACAUUUCUCCUACACCUGCUUCUUUCCCACUUUUGCCACCUAAGGUGGCCUAACUCAACCCACACACUCAGUUCCUUCUCCUUUACUGCUAUACCAUCUUUCUGGACUUCUUUCCAUUGGGAAAAAUGUCCCUUCUCUCCUCUACCUGCUCGCAAUGUUAGUCUCGCAUAUCCCUUGCCCGUACCUUUUCGGUCCCUCCCCCCACUGAUGUCUUGCCCUCUCCACAUCUCUGGAACCUGUCUCUUCUGUUAAAUUCAAUACAGUUUAAGCCAUGUAAAUCACUGUGAAACACACUUGUCAUGUUGCUUUAAUAAACUAAAGAUUUAUGCAUAAA